UUACACUGCAUAUUUUUCGAAACCAUCCCCGGACGACGUGUCAGUACCGGGAAUUCCUUCGCUGCGUGCGCACUAGCUAUACGGAUUUUGUAAAAAUGGGAACCAAAUGGGUUUGGACAAACGCUUUCGGACCCUAUCCACCCAAUAUGGUUUCAGGUGGUCAGGAUAGUGACGGUUCGUUGAUCUAUAUCGGCCGUGCAAACCACAGUGGCGAUCUGAUUCCGGCCAAGGUGAUUCCGCAGAAGAAUGCCGCCUAUGUCGCGUACGGUGGAGAGGAAGUGUCAGUGUCCGACUUUGAAGUCCUCUGCCGGAAGAAACUGAUUUGGGACACUGUCACCGGUGGAAACGUCCCACCGGAUGCGCUCAACGGUGGCAAUACAGCCGACGGUGAGCCACUGUACAUUGGACGGGUUUGCCACGAGGGAGCGCAGACCAUCGGUAAGGUACAGCAGUCGCACGAGUGUGUGUACAUUCCGUACGCUGGCGAGGAAGUAUCGCUACAGACCUAUGAUGUGCUGUGUGAACGGUAAAAUAAGUAUGGAACGGUAAAAUAAGCUCUGUAG